AUGGAGUUCGAUUUCAGCGGCCGUGACCCCGCCGAGGGCGUUGUCAUUGGGGAGCUCCGCUUGCUGCAAACCCUUACGGAAGCUCGUAACGAGCAUGGUAUGCGUCAGAAUGAGUACGAGCGGUACCGUGUGUACUGCACCAAGAAGGUGCACCGCCUGAGGGAAAUCGCCAAACUGACGCACGUCGAUGAUCAGCACAUGGGAGCGAAGCAGAACAGGGCCAAGAAGAAUGCUGGCAGAAGGUCAAAGCGCCCUACGUCUGCUCAACAGUCUGAGGCUGCAGCCAAGCUCGGGGGCAACCAGUUCACAAAGAGGACUGUCACCACCACCGAUGUGAAGGACCAAACCAUCCUGCUUCUCAUGCUCUUCGAAGCCGAAAGAAACUGGGCACAUUCUCAGGAGCUCAAAACAGCUGCAUUUGAGAAGGACAACGAUUCGCGCCUUUUCAAACAGGGCACAGCUCGUGCUCGGCGCGCUGUGCAAUGGGCGUCCAACCUGGUCGAUGCUCUAAAAGCGUUGUCCAGCGUGUCCUCUGCACGCUCUCGUCUUGAAGCAGCCGCCUACCUUUGCAUUGUGCGCGGCUCAGUGUCAUUCGAUCGGUCCCGUCACAGCGAGUCGCUCCAGCAGACCUGCGUGGCUCGAGAGCUUUUGAGCUUCCUGGCCCAGCACUCCUUGAGUGCGAAAGAUGAGGCGUUCGCCAACAGCUUUGUCGAUGCAGGGGAUGCACAAAUUCGCUUCUCAGCUUAUCAGCUUGAGCUUGAUGAGCAGAAUCUCGAUGUCAUCAAGCAGGGUGUUGCGGAUGAGGAGACGUGCGAGAAGUGGGCGCCUGAAUCUCAAGAACUGAUGAAAGAGAUCGGCAAGGCCUCUAGAAAGACGAGCGGGACCCCUAGUGCAAACUCCGAAAUUGUCUGGCGAGGCCGUACCAUCCAUAUCCGAAACCCAGAGCUGUUAGAUGCGGUCACCGUGGCACGAAAAGAGAAGGAACUUCUUGAACAUGCGCUCACACAAGAAGUGUCAGAGGAGACCGACAAUGGGAAGAACAAGAUGCCGGCGGCGUCAGCCGAAGGAAAACGUCCGCGCUUCAAACACUCGGAGAGGAACGCACGACGCAAGGCAGGCGAAGCCAGGCGUUUCCGUUCAUCUAGUACCAAGACCGCCAUGGACCCUUUUGACCGCGCUCUGAGCGCUGCUGCUGAUGCAGAGCGCCUUGCCGCUCAACUCGUCGAGGACAACGCAGCUGCUCUAGCCAAGAGCCACAGCUCUCGGUAUCAAGCCGUCAACAAAGAGCUUAAAGCUGCGCACGACUACCUACUGUACACACUACUCUCCCUUCGCAUUCGCAGGAACGACCACUUGGCAAAAGAGGUGGAACGCAAGGCUGAGCGCAGGGAGAGGCGCGCUCGCGACGCAAUUGAAAUCAGAAUCAAGGCAGCGGGACGGAGGAUAACCCCCUUAAGCGGCAGGAAGAAGCGCAACAAUGUUGAAGGUAAAAAGAAGGCAAAUAUAGGGAAGAAUCCUGGUAGCAAAGCAAAGAAGCCACGCAAGCAGCCGAAGCAAUUCAAGCGCAGGCCUGCACGUGGAGGAACAAAGCGUCGGCUGGCCGUGCAGGCCAAAGCUCGGUCCAUGCAGUUGAGGGUAAUGGCAGAAGAAAAGUCCAAGAGGAGGCGAGCGCGCGCUGUGCCUGGCCUUGCCAAGCUGCUUGACGCCGCAGAGGCAAGUUUGAAUGACAUUGCAGGCCUGAACCUUGUGGAGACCGAGCCAGACGUGUCCAGCUUGAUCGAUGCCAAGACAGCCUGGUACAGAUCUGAGCUGCUUCGUCAGCUCGCGAAGGCAUACAGCCUGUCGAGAGCCUAUCCUCAUGCCAUCCUUCUCAUCAACCGCGCCCAACUCUUCAUCCGCCAAGCGAGAUCUGCGCUGGAUCUGGCGGCAGACAUUGGAAAGGAGAAUCGUGACAUCCCGCCCUUCAUCUCAGAACAGACGCUUGAUGAUACCGACAACAAACUGCUGGAAGCGAAGCACGCGAUGCAGAAGGAAAUGUUCAGUGGUUUGCGCAAAGAUGCAGCCAGCAGCGCGCUUCCGCAGGCGGCUGCGAUGAGGGGCGACGCGAUGGGAGAGACCAAUGCCGCUGCCGCACUGCGUGAGCUCGCGAACAAGUAUGUCGACUUUGACCCGGCGCUGCUGGAAGAGGCCAAGCGAGUUCCCGCCGAAGUGCUCAAAGCCCUGCAGAGCGAGUCGCGCAGCGAAGCUGCUGAUCCUGCCGCGCGUGGCGGUGCUCACGAAGAGGAGGCUUUCGAAGAUCCCAUCACUUUCGAGGAGGCUGAGGCCGGAGAUACGGGAGCGAGUGAUAACGAGACAUUCGAGGAUCCAGAAGAUGCUGGCGAAGCGCCGGAUGAGGAAACGCAGGGUGUGGAACAAAAGCGCGGAUGGUUUGGCGGCUGGCUUCGCCGGUCCUGA